AUGAGAACCACUGCAACUCGACGGUGCCGGUCAUUGUCAUUGCCGCCGCCGCGCGCCGGUCCAGCUACACACUGCAUACUGCGGGAACGAAGCACCAAAGCAACGGCAGCGGCGGCAUCGGCAUUCAGCGAGGUAGUCGGCGGCAGCGGAUGUGUCAACCGCGCGCUCGUCUUUCGGUGGCCGUACGCGCACGCAUUCCGACCGAAACGUAGUAAAAAUUCGUCUUGGCCCGUAUUUUUACAACGCCAUCGCCGCCGGCCGACAAGCAAUUUCCGUUUUACUGAGAGUUUUGUGCGUGCGAACGUCCCUAUGCCAUGA